AUGUCCGCAGACCGCGACCGGCCCGGUUCAGGAGUCGAGAAGUUUGAACGGAGGACCAUUUUGCCUGAAGACUCUUGCUUCGCCACGGCACGACGACCUGUAUGGAUCUCCCUUGUCCAGACGGAGCAUUUCGCGACUGUCGGCCAUCUAGCGAGUUUCGCUCGCGACCUUAUCCGGCCUGAAGGUGAUUCUUCGGCCAUUGGAACGCUGUCGGCUGCAUAUCAAGGCGUUCUGCUCGUCUCCACAUCCGAUACAGUUGGCACGCGAUUCAAUAUAAACCGACUGCCAGGCACCCUUUUUGCGGGCAAGACAACAACUUUUCAUUCUUCCAGCCUGGACGAGAUUCUCUUGCAUUCGUUCCUGACGAUUGUGAAGCACCAUGGAAAAGACGUCUCCCUGGAGACGGUUGAGCGUGCCGAAGGCCAGACGGGACUUUCAAUACCGUUGACCGAGGACGAGCGCCGAUGUGAGCGAAAGCUGAAAUUGAAACUGGAUUUCAUCAUCCUUCCAUUGCUGUCCACCGUCUACUUCUUUGCCCAAAUGGGCCGAUCUGACGUGGGUAACGCCAAAAUAGCCGGAAUGGACAAAGAACUUCAUCUCUCGUCACGACAAUACUCAAACAUUGCCAGUAUAUUCAAUGUCGGAUACUUGGUAUUCCAGCUGCCGGGCACUUUAUUGGUCCGCAGGAUAGGACCUUCUUAUCAGUUCGGCGGGGCUAUGAUGGCAUGGGGCAUGGUAACUGCCUGCACAGUCGCCGUACACAGCUAUGCCUCCCUUAUGGUCAUAAGGGUCUUCGUCGGUGUCUGUGAAGCCUUCGUGCAGGGCUCGGUCUUCUAUCUCUCUUUCUGGUACCCCUACAACGAACUUGCCACUCGAGGUGCCAUAUUCUUCUCCACAGCGGCAUUGGCCGGCGCAUUCAACGGACUCAUUGCCUAUGGUGUGGAGACAGACCUUCAAGGCGCAAAUUCCUGGAGCGCGUGGCGAUGGCUAUUUCUCAUCGAAGGAAUUCUCCCGAUUGGGUGGGCCUUUUUAGUCGUGACCUUUCUCCCUCCGACUCCAGAAAAAGUGAAAUUCUUCUUCAGUGAAGAUGAGAAGCAGCUGAUUGUCAAGAGGAGCCGGAUAGCUCAUAACACUGGCGAAUCGAAGAUCCGGCCAAAGUUGAUCAUGAACGUCCUUCUCGAUCCCAAAUUCUGGAUGUCUGUCUGCAUCGAAUCCGCCACCCUCUUCUGCCUCCAAUCUCUGUCCAACUUUCUCCCUGCCAUCCUCUAUGGAUUUGGCUGGUCGACAAUCAAAUCUCAGUUUAUGUCGGUUGUUGUUUAUGCGUGCGCCUUUGUGGCCAUCAUUUUCUCGGCUCGUGUAUCAGACAAAACCGGUCGACGUGGCCUAGUCAUUAUCGCCAAUGCCACCGUCGCCAGUUUAGGUUAUAUUCUCCUUCUCACGCUCAAGCAACCAGCAGGCCGCUUCGCCGGCGCAUGUAUUGUCGCCAUGGGCCUUUACCCCAACGUGGUCAUCAAUCUCACGUGGGCUGCCAGCACGAACAUCGGCUACACCCAUCGUGCCACUGCAACAGCACUUAUCAACUCCAUCGCUCAGGCUGUCGCCAUCAGCGGCAAUCAGGCGUACGUGGAUCCACCAUAUUACCGUCAUGGCCAUGCUGCCUCGUUGGGGAUGAUCGGGUUCGAGAUCGUGGUCGCCACGACGAUGUUGUUCGUGUUGAAACAUGAGAACGAGAAGAAGAAGAGGGAGCAGCAUUCUGAGAAGGCGGAAGAGGUGAGGGGGAAGUACACCAUUGAUGAUGUUGGAAACAGGCACCCUGAUUAUUUCUUCACCUUAUGA